AUGGUGAUGGAGCUGCACAAGGAGAACCCUGAGCCGAUGGACACAAAGCCAUUCAUCAAACAACUGAGGAUACGCGGACUGCAUCUGGAAGAGGAGCUGUCGGAUCAACUGACCAGUUUGUUUGCCGGCCCACCGAAACCGAAGUCUAACACCGUCGACCUGGAGGCGAUGAUAGAUUACUUCAAGCGGAAGUGGCCCGAAAGACAGCUGCCUCCGACACCGCCACCGCAGCCCGCGUCCCUUCCAAAAAACGAGAGGAAAACUAAAAAGAAGGCU